CCUUUCUCCUCCCGACUAAACUCGACUGUUCUCGUCGCGAAACCUCCAAGUGGCGGAGGAAAAGGGAAGGAGAGGGGGGGACCAGUCGUACUGGGAAGGCAGAAAAAGUAAACGACAAUUAUAUAUUAACACCAACCGUCAGCGGAAAGUGAAAGCGGUACGAAUCAGCAGCUUUGAAGUCGCCAGUGAGGUCCACGUAGAGCUGGUUUUCCACAGUCUUUGGUGUGUCAACACAUUAGUGUAGUUGUGACAUUUCACCGUGAGCGACACAGCAGAGGGAAAGGUCUCCUCCCAGUCUGUUGACGGAUACAGUUCAGCUUCAGUGUAAGGAGACACGGCAAGACCUGACUGUCCAUUACCCCGGCCAGUGUUGUAUCUCCCAGGAUGUCUUCGAAGGCUCACAGUUCCAAUAACAUCGCCCAAGCCCGGCGGACGGUGCAGCAGCUGAGAAUAGAGGCGAGCAUUGAGAGGACAAAGGUAUCCAAGGCCUCUGCAGACCUUAUGAACUACUGCAGUGAACACGCCAGAAAUGACCCUCUCCUUAUGGGCAUCCCUGCUUCAGACAAUCCCUUCAAGGACAAAAAACCCUGCACUAUAUUGUAGUGGAUGCCACUUAGCCUUUGUGUGUUUAUUUUUUUGCUUGUUAAUGUUGCUGUAUUCUUUUUGUUGGGAGGAGGUGAGGGGUGGACUGCGAUCGCAUCAUUACCAUGUGUUCACUUGUUCUGUUAACAGUUCAGCAAUUCAACCAACCAUUUUCUAAAAAAAAACCCCAGCAAAUCGUAAUGAGCAAAGAAAGGCCCACUGGCCUUUACAACGCGCUGAAACUACUGACCUUGGUGGUGCCACUGUGCAGUUUGAGCUCUGACCACUAUUGAGACUGCAUGAGUUGUGAUGGCAUCAGGUACAUAAUGUUGCUUAAAUAAUAAUCAACGGCAUAUUAUAUUUUCUGGCACUCCUGAGUGCUAUGUAAACAGCCUCAUCUCCAUUGGGCUGUGACUGUUAAUGUCUCUCUGGUUUGCCUUAAGUGGAUUAAUGCAGCCAAGGCUUCCCUUCAGUGUAAAAGCAUAUUAAGAUGGAUAAUACUGGCUCUUAUCAUGUGGCUUCAUUCCCACCAGUAUUUUACAGAUUCUGUGCAGUUUAGAUCACUGAAUUCAGGGGCCCGGGGUUUACCCUGAGCUUUUACUCAAAUGUUACCUUGAUGUAUCUUUGAUUGGGGCAGCGACCUCACUUUAGCUGGUGUGAAAUAGUACUCUGCAACCCAUCACGGCUGUAGCAGCUCUGACUGGGCCAUGCCAAUCCACAUGCCAUUUGAAUCCAUAGUUUUCCUAUCUGGUAUUGGCUGUAUGAUUACCAUAAGACAGUUCUGUCUUUAGCUGAUUUAAUGAACUAUCAUGUUGCGAUAAGUUUCAUAUUAACAUCCAGGAUCAUGUUUGGAAGAUCAUUUGACCCCAAUGCUGUGAUGCUUUUUGUAAAUUUGUGAGCAGUACAUGUACAAUACAUGGUAGAAAAUUAAAAUGCUUUAUUACAAUAAUGCAGUGUAGUAAUUAGAUUUUUUUUUACUCAAAGUGUAACACUGUGUGAUGGAGAACAUGGGACCAAGCCAAACCAAUGAUACAGCAUUUCAAAACAUCUAAAUAUGCGUUGGAGUGAAGAUAUUUUCAGACAUUCCUUCUGAAUACUUUCUGUGGUACGGUAUUUUUAGGACGCUGAUGACACAAAGCAUGUCAGCGAGUGUCGUAACACUGUGAGCCACAGCUUCUUGCUCAUCACAACAAGUGUCUUAGUCGAGCGGCAGCGUUCGUUGUCUUAAAAGUGUUUUUGGCACAAGUGUUGUAGGUACAGGUGCAAAUGGUAGUGUGCAUUGAUGAUAAAAACCACUCUCCCAAGACUGCUGUCAAAUUUGUGUUGUUUUUUUUUCAGUUUAUGCUCUAACAUUUGUGUCGGUGGGGGUCUUCAAUCUUAAGUCUAACUUGUCCUUCAUGUUAUGAGUUUCUGGGGGAACAUAUCUGCUAUGGUAAAUUUAAAACAGGAUAGAUCGCAUAAAUUAAAAAUUGCUUACACUUAAGCCUUAUUUAUGUUUGCCUUGUAUCAUGAAGAACAUUAAUGGGAGUGCUUUCUUCUUUUUAUCUGUGGGAUGAAAGUGAUUUGUAACAGUAUUGUGCCAUCUGUUUUAUGUCACGAGCAGAACAUGUUAAAUUGUGUUUCACUUGGUGCUCCACUUUUCAGCAGUUUUUAGUAUUGUUGCCUUCUCCAAAGGGUAUUUUCAGGUCUUCAAAUCAGCAAGAUCUGGUGUUAUUAUCCAAUUGUAUUUUUUUAUGAUUGUCUCCAACAGUCAGUUCUUUUUACUUGCAAUAAAUCAUUCCUUUAUGCCUCUUUAGGAAAAGUUCAGAUUACCACUGCCAUGUCAUGAUUUCUGUCCACUCAGCAACUCCGUAACUGCCUUAUUGUACCAUUGAUAGAGUAAUUUAACUGUCAAAAUCUGCUUUUUGAUAAAUGUCCUUAUUAAUAUACCAACCUUUGUAUGAAGACUUAACUAAGAUUAAUAAAGUGAAGCAUUCCUACAGUACAAUACUGUACUAAUAUCUCAAUAAAGAUGUGUUGUGAUGCACAGUCGGAAGAACCA